AUGAGCUCCCCUCCUCCACCCCCUCUUCCCGAGGCUUGUUCUAUUACCACGGCAAUUGCUCCUGAUCUCUCCCUUCACAUCAGCCCUCCGUUGCCGGACGCGGUGGUCGGCGACGACGGUGAGGUGCGGCUGGGGCUCCAUGAGGUGGCGUCCAAGAGGUACCGUGGCCUGGAGGAGAUGCUGCACCAGCCGAACAAGGCCCAUGGGUUCAAGAAGAGCUCGUGUCCUGCCGUCGGCGGCAGCGCUGUGGCAAGGCCGGCAGCUGGUGGCCGGAAGAGGAGCUCGAGGGCUCCUAGGAUGCGGUGGACCACAGCGCUGCACGCACACUUUGUGCGUGCCGUGGAGCUCCUUGGUGGCCAUGAGAGAGCAACACCAAAGUCAGUAUUGGAACUGAUGAACGUGAAGGAUCUUACACUCGCUCAUGUUAAGAGCCACCUGCAGAUGUAUAGAACAGUGAAGGGCACAGAAAGAUCAUGCGCUGCAGGCCAUGGCCAGACCAGAGAUAUGGGCUUUCUGAGAAGGGUUGUCGCUGGUGAUGAACUGGUCAAUGGCUUUGAUGGGUUCAACAGCAACAUGGUCAACACAACUUCCAAUAAUACAACUCCUAGGAGGUCAGAGUCACCAGCUGGAGAGCAGGGCCAUCACGAUGCUUGGGGGACACAAACGGCAGCGGCAGCGGCAGCAGCAACAACAACAAUGGUGCCGCCUUACCUGACGACCUCCGAACCUCAUGAUAAUGAACACAUGAUGCCGGAGAGCGGAAUGGCACGGCCAGCAGCCCCACGCCGUGGAAGUCCGUCACCGAACAACACCAGCAGCAGCGGCAGUGACGACGUCGACGAGACCGAGAGCUUCGGAUGGCUGGCGUUGACGCGGCGGCGCUACGAUGACGGCGGCGAUGGGGACUGUGCAGGCGACCGUGAGCUGCAAGGCGCGGCCAUGGUUAUGGAUCCGAGCCUGGAGAUGAGGCUGGGGAGGCAGGGGUGGGAGCAGAUGGAGCCCUCGGCGUCGGCCUCCAAAGAGCUAACCCCGAUCCUCAAGUGCUUGUGA